GAUCGGGACCGGGGCCGGGCGGCCGCCCUCGCCCUCCCGCGGGCCGGGGGCGCUGCGUGCGGAGCCGCGCGUCUUCGCGCAGGCCUGAUGCCCAGGGUGCCGGCCUGGGGCGGCCCAGCGAGGGCCGGCCCAGCGUCCCGGCUUCUCCCCGCCCUCCCGCCGCCCCGUGGCGGGGUGUGCGCGGAGGGUGCGGGCCCUUGAGGGGGGCUGAGGGCCCUGCUGGCCGCUCCCGAGGGAACGGCUGUUCGGGGAAGCGGGCUGUGGCGUUCAGAGCCGGCUCCUCUCCUCAGCGGUGCCGCCUCUGGUUGUCGCGCGUUUCAAGCCGCUUCCUCAUGCUUUGUAGCGAGAUGCUGUGCUGAGCUGGGCGAUGGCUGUGUGGGCCGGGCAGGCCUCCCGCUGGCGCUGCCUGCUGCCCGCGGCCCGUGCUGCCGCCUUUCCUGGGAGGCUGCGGGCCCGCGGCAGCACCGCGCCGGCCUGUCGAGGGUUUCCCCCUCUGGUCCUGCUGCCCUGUAGAAAGGAAGUUCUUGCGUGGAGAUUGCAGGCAUGCAGGCACGUGUCUGUAGGAAGCUGUUCUUCACCCGACAGUGCCAAGGAUGAAUCCUUUUCUUCUCCCGAAAGUAACUUGCCUUCACCAGCGAAACAGGAGCAAGUAAAAGCAGAAAUAUUACCUGACCCAAAUGCAAAAAUACUGUAUGAAGACUGGGAUGACAUCUCACCUUCAUCUGCUUUGGAGCAGAUUUCUGAGGAAGAAGCUGUGCAGAUCAUUGCAGAACCAAUUCUUCCCCUUCAGUCUUCAACGCUCCGAGAUUAUGUUGAUCACUCAGAAACUCUGGCGAAACUUGUCCACCUAGGAGUUGACUUAUCCCAAGUGGAAAAACGUCAAAAGGCAGGUCAACUUUUACUGACUUUGGACUUUGAAAAAGAUAUAAGAAAAAUACUUCUAUUUCUUAAGGAUGUGGGUGUAGAAGACAAUCAGCUGGGAUCGUUCCUGACCAAAAAUCCGUAUAUCCUUGCUGAAGAUCUGGAAGCUUUAGAAACCAGAGUGGAUUACUUAAAAUCAAAAAAAUUUGGUACGGCAGAAAUUGCUCAGAUGGUCUCAAGAGCUCCAUAUUUGCUGUUGUUUUCAGUGGAAAGACUGGAUAACAGACUGGGUUUCUUCAAAAAGGAACUUGGCCUCAGCGUAAAAAAGACAAAGGAUCUGGUAGUUCGUCUUCCAAGGCUACUGACUGGCAAACUGGAGCCUGUAAAAGAAAAUCUCCAGGUUUGUCAGAUUGAACUUGGUUUUAAACAUAAUGAAAUUCAAGAGAUUGUGUUUAAAACACCCAAGAUCUUAACUGCAAGUAAGAAGAGACUCAGACAGACAUUUGACUACUUACACAACAUAAUGGGCAUUCCCCACCACAUGCUUACUCGCUUUCCUCAGGUUUUCAACUCAAAGCUAUUACGGAUCAAAGAGAGACAUUUGUUUCUUACAUUCUUGGGAAGAGCCCAGUAUGACCCAGCACAACCCAGCUACAUCUCUCUGAACCAGCUGGUAUCCUUGCCUGAUGAGGUGUUUUGCACAGAGAUUGCCAAAGCUUCUAUACAGGACUUUGAAAAAUUCUUAAAAACGCUUUAAUUAGUAACACGUACAAAAAAUAGAAUUAAGUUAUGAAAUAAACACAUUUUAUAAAACUA